AUGUCCAUCGCGAUAGCAACCACAGUCCUACAUCCCGGGCCUACGCUUCCAGCCUGGCUUGAUUAUCAUCUCCGCUGGGUACAGCAUGUGGUGAUAUUCAUGGACGACCCAGAUGAGCGUCCGGCACUUGGCCGAGUAUGUGAGAACAAGCCCGUCACGCUAUUAAACGGAUCGCGAAUUGAACCUAACAUGACGCUUGAAAGCCGCCUCAUCCGGCGUCAGAUGGCCAAUAUGCGGCAUGCAAUCGUCUAUCUGAUGGAACGUGGCUACACGUGGCUCCUCCAUAUCGACCUCGACGAGUUGCUCUAUGGGCCCCUAGUGGAGUCCCGUGCCUGGACUAGAGACCCUCGCUUCCAAUUGACUUCGAGACCUCAGAUCCGUUCAGAGACUGCGUCCUACGGCAAUGGCAAGAGCGCAGUCCGCCUCGGGCCGGUCGUCGAGCCAAGAGGGGCCCACUGGUUCUCCGGCCACGCCGGCCGCACAUUGACCCUCUCAGGCGAAGAGGCGAUGAUAUUGCACUACCUGUACCCCUCAUACGACAGCUGGCUCCGCAAGUUCAACCAUUGCGGCCGCUUUUCUGACUACUGGUUUGGCGACCGCCGGGCGCCAAAGAUUAUGGACUUCAUGUUGCAUUCGCGGGAUGUGGUCCAGAUGGCCCAUAAGACCAAUGACUGGGUCAAAGUUAGGGCAUUCUUCUCCGGGCGAGUCCUGGAUCCCUAG